AUGUCUCAGAGGAGUAAAUCGUCCUCGAGUCAAAAUUCUUCCCCUGGUUCCUCUCCUCCAGCCGAUCCUCCUUCACGCUCCUCUUUGAAAAGCAGCACUAAAGAACAAAAAGCUGGGAAUCAGAAAAGAAAGAUCAGUCAGAGCUCCGCCACGGCGUACACGUCCUUCCUGAACACACUGUUCGGACAGGACAGAAAGCUGAUGCCAGAGGAGCUGGAUGAGUUGCAGCUAGCCUUUAAGGAGUUUGAUUAUGAUCAGGACGGAUAUCUGCACUAUAAAGACGUAGCGGACUGCAUGAGGACGAUGGGGUAUAUGCCGACAGAGAUGGAGCUGAUCGAGAUCAUUCAGCAGAUCAAGAUGAAAUGGGGUGGUCAUGUAGAUUUCGAUGAUUUUUGUGAGCUAAUGGGGCCGAGAAUGCUGAUGGAGACGGCUCACAUGGUGGGAAUGCGAGAGCUGCACUGUGCAUUCAAACAGUUCGACUGUAAUGGAGAUGGAAGGAUCAGUUUUGAGGAGCUGAAGGAGUCGAUGAAGACACUGCUGGGUGAAAAGCUGAAGAAGGGAGAGCUGGAGGAGAUUCUGUCAGAUAUCGACCUCAACGGAGAUGGAACCGUGGACUUUGAUGAGUUCGUGAUGAUGCUGUCAGCUCGGUGACGUCCUUCUGGAACUCCAGCAUUGAAUUCACUUCAUUAUUAAAUGUUUAAUCAUUAAUUUAAAUAUUAAACAUCUGCUGCA